AUGACCCCUCCUUCCCCCGCCUGCCGGGACCGGCCCCGCGGCCCCACGCGUGUCCGCGGCGAGAGGCAGCCCCGGCCCCCCCCGCCGCCGCGCGUGGUGCUCGUGUCGCGGCGCGGCGAGUGGGAGGCCCUGGAGCCGCUGCUGAGGGACGAGCUGCGCGCGCGGCCCGUGCUGGGCCUCGACUGCGAGUGGGUAUCCACAGAAGGAAAAGCAAAUCCCGUGUCCCUCCUGCAGAUUGCUUCUUGCAGCGGCCUGUGCGUGCUCGUGCGGUUGCCCAGGCUUGUUGCCAGCGGAGAGCCUCUCCCGAAGACUCUGCUGGACAUCAUGGCAGAUAGCACCGUUCUGAAAGUCGGGGUGGGAUGCUGGGAAGAUGCCUGCAGGCUGCUUCAGGACUACGGCCUGGCCGUCAGAGGGUGUGUGGAUGUGCGGUGUUUAGCCGCGAGGCAGCGGAAGGAUCUACUUCACAACUGCCUUAGCCUGAAGUCUUUAGCUGAAAAAGUCCUGAACUACCCACUGGACAAGUCUUCUCAUUUGCGUUGCAGCAACUGGGAGGCAGAAGAACUGACACAAGAACAGGUCCUCUAUGCCGCUAAGGAUGCGCAGGUCUCCGUGGCUCUGUUCCUCCGUUUGCUGGGGUCUUCCUGCCUCCCUGCUACGUCUGAAGGUGAAAGCUCUGCUGCGGCCUGGGGAGAGGCGCUGCGUAGCUGCCAGGGCUUGGUGGAUGUCCCGUUCCGAGCAAGGAGGAGCGACGGCGCCGGGGAGGAGCGGGGCGGAGAGGCGGCUUCCCCGCAGAAAGGCAGGGCCAGGAAGUGUGGCCCGAGCAGCCAGCACGCGAGGGAUCCUCGAAGGCAGAAGCGAAAGCCCCUGGGCGCGGGGUAUUCCGCCAGAAAAUCUCCGCUCUAUGACAACUGUUUCCUGCAUGCACCAGAUGGGCAGCCUCUGUGCACCUGCGAUCGCAAGAAGGCUCAGUGGUAUCUGGACAAGGGCAUUGGAGAGCUGGUUAGCACAGAGCCAUUUGUUGUGAAGCUGCAGUUCGAGCCUUCAGGACGCCCUGAGUCUGAAGUUGAUUAUUACCUUACUGUCAAGGAGAACCUCUGUGUUGUGUGUGGCAAGAGGGAGUCCUACAUCCGGAAGAACGUCGUUCCCCACGAGUACCGGCGCCACUUUCCCGUGCAGAUGAAGGACCACAACUCCCACGACGUGCUCCUGCUGUGCACCUCGUGCCACGCCAUCUCCAACUACUACGACAGCCGCCUCAAGCAGCAGCUGGCCGAGGAGUUUGGCGCCCCGGUGGGCUCCGAGGACGGGCUGCGCGUGCUGGAGGACCCGCUGCGCAGGCAGGUGCGCUCGGGCGCCCGGGCCCUGCUCAACGCGGACAGCCUGCCCGCCCCCCGCCGGGCACAGCUCCUGCAGGGCAUUAAGGACUUCUUCCACACGGAGGAAGUGACCCCGGAGAUGCUCCAGGAGGCGGCGGGGCUGGAAACCAGGAUUUGCAACGAGAGCUACCUGCCCCACGGGCUGAAGGUGGUGCAGUGUUUUGCUAAAGGAGGCCUGCGCUCCCUCAUGCAGUUGGAAAGACGCUGGCGGCAACAUUUCUUGGACAACAUGCAGCCCAAGUACCUCCCAGAGCAGUGGUCCGUGGACCAUAACCAUGGGAAGCUGAUUCGGAAGUACGGGGAGGAUCUUCAGAUCGAGCUGUCGUGAGACCACCUGCCUGGAGGGACUCUAGGGGUG